CCAAAAUGUCUGAUAGAAAGGCCGUAAUCAAAAAUGCCGACAUGGCUGAGGACAUGCAACAGGAUGCUGUGGACUGCGCCACACAGGCUCUGGAGAAGUACAACAUCGAGAAGGACAUUGCUGCCUUCAUUAAGAAAGAGUUCGACAAAAAAUACAACCCAACCUGGCAUUGCAUUGUCGGUCGUAACUUCGGGAGCUAUGUCACACACGAAACCAAGCAUUUCAUCUACUUCUACCUAGGACAAGUUGCUAUCCUUCUCUUCAAAUCUGGCUGAUGGAUGAAAAUCCCUGUCGAGAUGCAUUUGGGCACUCCUCUUCCUUCCCCUUGACGAUUCUGUAGCUGUUAUUACUUACUGACUGUACUAGCCAAAGUGCAUAUGGUUGAAAUAUUUCAGAAAUGCUAUAUAUAGCAGAUCUGAAAUUGUAUAUGUAAAAUAAAAAACAAUCACAUUUUCUUAAAAUGUAUCCAAAACUGAGAUGAUAAUCUAUAUUACUAUCAAGAUUUAUUCAAUAUAAGUUGUGAUGAACUUUUAAGUCAUUUUAAGUACUUAUAUAUUGACAUUGACUGUGCAAUUUUUAUAACAGAAUUUGUGCAUUUUUUCAUUGACAUCAUGAUUUUGAUAGUCAGAAUAAGCAUUAGACUUCCAAGGAGCAAUUGACCAAAAUGAGAACAUUUGUUAGAUUUUAUUUGUAUGACCACGGAAUUAGAUUAUUGUUAUCCAAGUCCGUGGUAUGACAAAGUUAUUGUCUGUAGAGAUUUUUUGUUUUGUAAUGGGGCUGGGAUGAUACACAAUCUGAACAAUAUAAUGUGUUUCACAAUGCAUAUAUAUAUAUGCUACAUAUCAUAAUGAAUCUAUGUGUGAUGUUCUGCACCUUAUUGUGUAUUGCCGAGUUAUCUUCUCUUGUGAACAGGUAUUGCUUGUUACGUCGUUGGUUUGUGAGAGCAAAAAACAAAUUACGUCGUUUUCUCAAAAAUUGAUGACAUUAAUCUCGCAAACAAAUGACGUAACAAUCAAUACCUGCUCUCAAGAGCAGAUAACUCUGCAAUACCCAAAGACAGAAUACUGUCCUUGUGAUUCAUGAAGUCUUGUCAAAAGAAAUAAUUGGAAAGACUUCAGGUUUAAUUAUAAGCAAAUUUUGUUCAUAUAUUGUCCUAGCCCCAAUUGUUGAUGCACCUGUGUGCUUUAUCGUGCCAACUGUGGAUUGUGUUGUUGUUGUACUUCCAUAAUUUCAAUGUUACUGUAUUUAAUACGAAUAUGAUUUGGUGCUUACACAUUGAGUGUAUGUUAUGAAGUCUUGAAUACAAAUUUGUUACCUUAAA